AUGUUAUUAUUCGAAUCGGACAAGAAACAAAGCAAGCAAAAACGAUAUUCUGAAUUUCAAGCUAUCGUUCUAUGUGGAGAAACUUGUAUCUAUAGGCUUUAUCCGCUUACCGAGGAUAAUAAUGUGCCUAAAGCUUUGCUUCCAGUAGCUAAUAAACCGAUGUUACACUAUGUUUUAGAUUGGUUGGAAAGGGCUGGGAUUACCGAUGUAAUAAUCAUUUCGGAAUCAAGUGGAGAACAUAAAAUUGGUCAUUAUAUUAAGAAUGACUAUGAAGGAAAAUUGAAACCAAGUUUAGAAAUAGUGAAAGAGGAUGUAGGAACUGCGGAUGCAUUGAGAACAAUUAAGGAUAAAAUUAGGAACGAUUUCAUUGUAAUAAGCUGCGAUUUGAUUCUUGAUUUACCUCCUCACCGAUUUUUGGAUUAUCAUCGUACACAAGAACCUGCUUUUACAGCACUGUUUUAUGAACCUAAUAAGUCAGAUGGUGGUGGAGGAAGUGGUAAUAAUUGUAAGGACGAUGAUUUGAAGCAAUUUGUCGGUGUUGACAUGAAUCGAUCACGCCUUGUAUAUGUUGCUUCCGGAGCGGAUUUGGAUGAAGAAUUUUCAUUGCGUAUGUCACUGUUAUGGAAGUUUCCACGCGUUAACAUACUUACUACUUUACAAGAUUCUCAUCUUUAUAUUUUUAAGAAAUGGGUAAUCGAUUUAAUUGUACAGAGAAAAUCAAUUUCUAGUGUUCGAGAACAUUUAGUCCCAUUACUUGUAAAAUGUCAAUAUCAGAAGAAAUUAUUAGAAAGGGAGGGAAUAGAUAAUUUGGCUAAAUCACAAGUAAAUUAUCAGAAAACCGCUCUUGAAUAUUCUACUACGUGGGAUGAAGAGGAUGAGGAUUCACCUGUUCGCUGUCAGGUUUACAUAUAUAAUACUGGAUUUUGCGGACGUGGAAACACUGUAGCGAAAUAUUGUGACUUGAAUCGUUACAUGAUGAAAAUUAGCACUGAAACACGCGUUUCUCCGUCAGCAGAAGUGAACACCAAGACUCAAGUUGGAUCGGAUUCAUUUGUAGGUGAUGACACUAAAAUUGAUGAACGCACAUCUAUAAAACGUUCAACUAUUGGGUCACAUUGUAUUAUUGGCAAAAAUGUCAAGAUUUCAAAUUCUGUUUUAAUGGAUAAUAUUAUCAUCGAAGAUUAUGUUAAAUUGGAUGGAUGUGUUGUUUGUAACGGCUCCAAAAUAAUGGAAAAAUCUGUAUUGAAAGACUGUGAAGUUGGUGGUGGUUAUGUUGUAGUGUCAGAAACACAAACCAAAAACGAACAACUUGUCGAAUUCCGAGAUUUAAGUUAA